UAAGGUGCCACAAGUACUCCUUUUCUUUUUGCGAAUACAGACUAACACGGCUGUUACUCUGAAACUUUUCAUGUCUUAAUUGCCUUUACAUAUGUAUGCAACUGUUUUCAGUCAACCUUAAGAUCAAAGAUGUGAGACACUGCAUGAAAUUAACAAUAUUGCAUAUAUUGUCUUCGGCUUUUCUAUCCAUGAUAUAACGUAUAACCGGCAGUUGCCUUAUGUUAAUCAGUGUAACUCUAUUACUUGUGUAUGCAUAAAUAGAAUGUUAACUUCAAAGUGAUGGGACAGUGUGUGCUCAACAAAGAAGACUCCUCAGUCACAUGCUGUGCUCAAAACACUUAACAGCCUGCUUCAGCUAUAAAAGUGAAACCUGGGGCCUGAUCCUUUCAUCUCUAGUCUGCUGAACUUUGAACAGGGAAAGUUUAACCUGUGGGACUAAGAUCUUCCAAGUUAUUUGGAAUACCUGGGAAAAUUUAUGGAAAGACUCUCUAUCAAACUUUACAUCUAAGCAGCAUUUGGAUUCUGACCUUUUGAGAUGGUUCCAGAGAGACUGUUACAAGCCAGCAGAUACAACUUCACUGCUAUGAUCCUGAUCUAUGAACACUGAAAAUCACUUCCUUACCACUCGUCUGCCAAAAGCUGGGGAAACUAUCCAUGGACAUAAGUUUUUUGUUGGUUUUGGGGGGAAAGGAGCCAAUCAGUGCAUCCAGGCUGCUCGACUUGGGGCCAAGACCUUGAUGAUUUGUAAGGUUGGGAAGGACUCGUUUGGCAAUGAUUAUAUUGAAAAUUUCAAGAGAAAUGGGAUUUCUACAGAAUUUGUAGGUCAGACUGAGGAUGCUGCUACUGGAACUGCUUCAAUAAUUGUUAACAGCGAAGGACAGAAUGUUAUUGUCAUAGUCGCAGGAGCCAAUUUGCUUUUGGAUUCUGAAGACCUGAAGAGGGCUGCUAAUGCCAUUUGCAAGGCCAAAGUGAUCAUCUGCCAGCUAGAAAUAACACCUGCUAUUUCUCUGGAAGCCCUAAAAAUGGCACACUCCAAUGGAGUGAAGACCUUAUUUAAUCCUGCUCCAGCUCAUGCUGAACUAGAUCCACAAUUUUACACCCAUGCCGACAUCUUCUGUUGCAACGAAAGUGAGGCAGAAAUUUUAACAGGCAUCCCAGUGGGCAGCCCUGAAGAUGCUGGGAAGGUGGGACUCGUGCUAUUAGAAAGAGGCUGCAAACUAGUAAUCGUUACUCUGGGAGCAGAAGGCUGUGUGAUGAUAUCAGUGGAUGAGCCUAUUCCAAAGCAUGUUCCUGCUGGGAAGGUCAGGGCUGUGGACACUACGGGGGCUGGCGAUAGUUUUGUGGGAGCACUGGCUUUCUUCAUGGCUUGCUAUCCCAAUCUAUCCAUGGAAGAAGUGAUCAGGAGGUCAAACUUCAUCGCAUCAGUGAGCGUCCAAGCAUCAGGGACACAGUCUUCCUAUCCCUACAGGAAGGGCCUGCCACAGGAUCUUUUCUAACUCAUGGUGCAGACAGCUGCAUGUAUUGAUUGUACAGUAUCCCAGGCAAGGGAGUUCUGAUUGUGCACAGGCAAGUUUUUUUUUCCCCUAAGAGAUUCCAGGUCCUCGGCUACUAAAGGAGUAGAGAGCAGGAAAGUCUUUACUCCCUUCUCAAUCACUGAUUCCCUGUUAGAUUCUGGUCUAUAGUAGAGCACUAGGGUUGCACUCUUUCAGUCCAGCAAAAUAUCGUGGCUCGGUCCCUUGCCCUACACACUGUGCAGCACAACCCUUACUCUAAUGGUAAAACUUAGUAGUCUAUGUGUUCAACAUUUCACUCCACAAAAACUCAUGUCUAUAAACUAAAGAGACAUCCCAUAAUAUGAGUAGGGAUAACUGAGCUCUGAAAUUCAGUGGCCUCCACAGACUUUGCUGUGCUCUCCACUAAUUAAGAUUCUCCUUGAUUUUGCUGAAGUUUCAAAUCUGGGAGAUUGCUAUUGAAAUGUGAAUAAUAGUUAGCUUUGAGUUUUCAACCAAAUUCCUAUAGUUCUUGCUCUCCGCAGCAAGUGCCUUAGCCUAAAGUGUGACUCAACCACCAUCUGCAGACCACACCAGCAUGCAAAGUUCCAUCUCAUCCAUAGUCCACUCAGACCACAAUGAAACACUGCAUGCCAGGUCCACAUCUGCUAGUUAUGUUUCUCUAUUGCAUGAUGGCUGCAGUAGGCUCCAUACUGUGUCCAUUAGGUGAGGUUUUCUGGUUCUGGGCAAGCUGCUGAUAGAGCCCUUAGGUGAGUGAGAUGUACAUACCAGUUUAUUAGCUGUUUAGUGUUCCGGGGAAACACAUGCCCAGAUGCCUAGUCUGUCUUAUUUGGCGAUAAACACAAAUAAACUAGUUAAAGAACAAAAUCAACCACAAUGCACUAGUCAAAAAGCUGGCUUAGACAUCUACUAUAGGCCUACUCAGGCAUAAAUUCAGAUGUGAAAAAUAAGUCCUACAUACAUGAGCUUGAUAAAAAGUUCUAUUUUAUGUGGGUCAGAUCCUGAUCUCACGGGAGUUUUGCCAUUGGCUUCAAAGGCAGCAGCCUUUAGCUCUACAGGAUGCUACAGGUCACUUUACUACUUGUAUUUUUUCUUCCCACCUCUACUAUAAGGCUAUAAGCUCUGAAACACUAGUGAUCCUAUGGUUUCAUGGGUCGAUCGUGGUUUAGAAUGCCUCUAGCAACCCUUCCACUGAAGUUCCCUUUUAGAAAAUGUUAAUUUUUUAUUGCUAUGUGAAACAAUAGUUUAACAAUUACAGCCAGUUUCACAAUGGAAAACACAGACAAUGGGAUCUGCUAUUUUAAUUUUUUUUUAUUGAAGACUGUAAAAAUAACUCGAAGGAUAAAUAAAUGUUGAUGUGAUGAUCUAUGUCCAGACACUAAAGA